UUUAUGUAAUUACUUUAAAAAAAAACAAACAUUAUGUAAAUUACUGUCAAUGGCAGACAAUGAGUUAAUGAAGCAGGCCGAACACUUGGGAGUCCUUAAUACUGUUCUUAAGAAAAGUCACAUAACUGAUUAAACAAACAAAAAAACAGAAACAAAAAAAAACAACAAACAAAAAAAUGAAAUCACACAACUGACGCAAAUGAAAACCAAAACAAUGGAAAUCCAAUGAAUCCACUAAAGACUCCCACACCUUUUUAAUAACAAAUGUAUUAAAUAGCGAAUACCUAUACAGUAGGUUUAAAUAUAUAAAACAACAUGAAAUAUGCAAUAAAUGAACAUUUAACAUCAUUUCAACCUUAAAUUUAAGACUCUUCUUGGAAACGGUGAGGAACAAUAACUUCCUUUUGUGUUUUACUGGCGACUGAACUAGCUUAAGUGUCAUUUGACCCCUGUCCCACAAAAAAAAAAAAAAAAAAAAAAAAUGUUGUUGAUUCUGGUGCCUCCUGAUAAGAAUUAUAAAGUACCAGCCAUGUUCCCUGUGUGUACUAUUUUGGGCUUCAAAGGUGUUAUAGGCUGUAUAAAGAUACAAAGGGCAUGGAUACCUGUGUUUUUCCCCUCACAAACAAAAGAUUGAGUGUUCAUAGAUUUAAAAGAAGCUUUUCCUUGGACACGCCUACCGAUGGUCUAUGAACAUCAUGGGUUUCAUAAGGUGAAGACAUGAACUCUUAUCACUAUGAGAAAUCAGGGUAAAAAUCAUUGCCUUGAUAUGAUGACGGGAACGGGAGUUGCACCGUCGUCAUGGCAGAGGCCCACCAAGCAGUGGCCUUCCAGUUCACUGUCACCCCAGAGGGCAUUGAUCUUCAGCUGUCCCAUCAAGCACUCACUGAGAUCUACCGCUCAGGCGUCCGCUCCUGGAAGAAGCGAAUCAUUAGACUCAAGAACAGCGUGAUCACAGGAGUGUAUCCCGCCAGCCCGUCCUCAUGGCUCUUUGUGGUCAUCGCUAUCCUAGCCACUAUGUACACUCGCUCCGAUCCUUCCAUGGGACUCAUUGCCAAGAUACAGGAGCACCUGCCUGUCAGCCAGUCUAUGAGCACCCAAUGUCAGACAGUAGUGUCGGCGGUGCUCUUCAGCACCUUACUGUGGCUCCUGCUCAUCUUUACAAUGCGUCUCUGCCUCAAGCAGCUCCUCUCCUACCACCGCUGGAUCUUCGAGCAGCAUGGCAAGAUGUCCACCACCACUAAAAUCUGGGUGGUCCGUGUUUGUUUCUGGCCUUUUUUACUCUGUAAGGUUCAAAUUUUUAAAAAAAAUUGUAUUAACCGCAUGCUUAUGUCCAUGUGGCAGGCACUGGUACGCAUCUUCUCUGGCAGAAAACCUCUGCUCUACAGUUAUCAGGGCUCAUUACCAAACCUGCCUGUUCCAGCUAUCAAGGACACGCUCAAGAGGUAUCUGGAGUCGGUGCGUCCGCUGAUGGAUGACACCCAGUACGAACGGAUGACCAAAUUGGCUGGCGAGUUCGAGAGCCGCCUUGGAAACCGGCUGCAAUGGUACCUCAAGCUCAAAUCUCUCUGGGCCGCCAACUAUGUCAGCGACUGGUGGGAGGAAUAUGUCUAUUUGCGAGGAAGGAGCCCCAUUAUGGUCAACAGUAACUAUUACGGCAUGGACUUAAUGUAUGUGACCCCCACACCAAUCCAGGCAGCCAGAGCUGGCAACACCAUCCACGCAAUGUUUCUAUACCGCCGCAAACUUAACAGAGAAGAGCUCAAACCUAGUCGUAUACCCGGCACUGUCAUUCCUCUGUGUGCGGCUCAGUGUGAGAGGAUGUUCAACACUACACGCACUCCUGGAGAGGAGACUGACACCGUGCAGCACUGGCAGGAUAGCGACUAUGUAGUCGUAUACCACAGAGGACGCUACUUUCGGCUCAGGGUGUACCAGGCAGGCAGACUGAUGUCCCCCAGGGAGAUUGAAUUCCAGAUUCAGAGGAUCCUCGAUGACCCUUCAGUCCCCUGCACGGGAGAAGCGAAACUUGCCGCUCUGACUGCUGGCGACAGGAUUCCAUGGGCACAAGCCAGGAGCAAGUACUUCAGCAGUGGGAUCAACAAGCGCUCACUGGACUGCAUCGAAAAAGCUGCGUUCUUUGUGGCUCUCGAUGAUGACGAGCAGGGCAUGAUGGGAGAUGACCCCUCGGGGAGCCUGGACCGUUAUGCUAAGUGCUUGUUGCACGGGAAAUGUUACGACAGGUGGUUUGAUAAGUCUUUUUCUGUGGUCGUCUUUAAAAAUGGUAAGAAUGGAAUAAAUGCGGAGCACUCGUGGGCUGACGCGCCGGUGAUCGCACACCUGUGGGAGUAUGUUGUGGCCACCGACUGUUUCCAGCUCGGUUACAACGGUGAGGGUCACUGCAAAGGCGAAGUGGACCCGUCGCUAGCACAACCUCUGAAGCUUUCUUGGGAAAUAUCACCUGAGUGUGAGAAGCAGAUUUCUCAGUCCCUGUCAGUGGCCCAAACCCUAGCCGAUGACAUCGACUUCCAUGUGGUGUCCUUCAGAGACUUUGGCAAGGGAAAGAUCAAGAAGUGUCGAGUCAGUCCGGAUGCUUUCAUCCAAAUAGCUCUUCAGUUAGCCUAUUUUAGGAGUCGGAGAAUGUUUUGCCUGACCUACGAGGCUUCCAUGACCCGUCUGUUCAGGGAGGGCAGGACCGAGACUGUUCGCUCCUGCACCAAUGAGAGCAGUGCCUUUGUUAAAGCGCUUGUGGGCGGAGAGUCAGCAGAUGUAUGCAGGCGCCUGUUCCGCACAGCAUCUGAAAAGCACCAGAACCUUUACCGCAUGGCGAUGACCGGCGCCGGUAUCGACAGACACCUCUUCUGCCUCUAUGUGGUUUCCCAGUACCUCAAAGUGGAGUCGCCUUUCUUGAAAGAGGUCUUGUCAGAGCCGUGGAGGCUGUCCACCAGUCAGACUUCUCUUCAGCAGCCGGAGCUGUUCGACCUUGUCAACCACCCUGAGUACAUUUCUUGCGGGGGAGGCUUCGGGCCGGUCGCCGAUGACGGUUAUGGAGUGUCGUACUACAUUUUGGGUGACAGCAUGAUCAACUUUCACAUCUCCUGCAAGCACUCCUGUCCUGACACGGACGCCCAUAAGUUUGGUGCUAACAUCACGAAAGCCUUGCACGACCUGCUGGAGCUGAUGAGCCCCGUCCAGAAAGAACCAAGCAAAACCGAGGAGAGUCGACCUGAGGUCAAGAAAAACUUGUAGAGGAGAGAAAAAAGGGAUUCUGAAGGGAAGAUGUUUUACUCAGCAAGGGAAGUGUGGAAAUGUUUUUAUGUUGAGGGGGGUAAGAGAUCAGAGCAAAAGAUGGUUCUCUUGAGGGAAACCAGUACAAGUGAGCAGAUGUUUUUCUACAUACAUUUAUAUAUUUGUGUUUGUCAUUCAAAUUCAGUUGGGAUUUAUACGUAUUACAGUUGAUAUAAGCAUUUUUGUACAGGGGCAUGUUUCUGUUUCGAUACCAAUGAAUGCUCUGAGUCGAUGCGCAUCUGUUUGCUUGGAUGUUGUGCAGUGACAAUACACACACUUAGACACUUAACCGUUAUGACAGCAGGCGCCUGAAACAUUCCUUAACUUCAAACAUUUUGCUUUGCACCGCAGUAAAAUGUUGUGGUAAUUCUUAAUGUGCCAAAGGCUAUUGUUUUUCAAAUGUGUUCAGGUUAUCCAGCAGGCAUUUGGAAGCACGUUCACUCCUUUUUUGUAUAAAUGAUUUGUCAUUUUAAUGUUGGCAUUUCUAAAAAAAGCAAUGUAACAAUGCAAUUUUGGUUUUUAAACAUGCGGGUCAGAUGUGGGCAAGAAGGUUACUAGGGGAGCGUAGGAGAAUGCUCUGUUGAUUUUGUUUUUGGUUCUCACCACUGAGUUUGUCAUAAUUCUUUUGUCAGACUUUUUAUUUCAAUAUUACAUGUUAACAUAAAGACAUUCUUGAAGAAAAA